AGAAAGAGAGGAAGACAGCUCAAGGAAAAAAAGUGGAUUCCUUAAGAACAACAUUUUCUACCUCUGAAUUACCAAACAGAAGUAAAGAGGAUGGCUCACCUGAAAGAAGCAAAGAAAUGUGGGUGUCUCAUCCACCACUGAUGCCAAAUGAGAAUGAGAGAGUGAUGAAUGAGAACUGGAAAAUUGGUGGCUCUGAUGGAAAUGAUCUCUGUCUGUCUGAAAGAGAGAAGGUGGCCGAGUGCUUAGAUUUGGAAGACACAGACACAGAUGAAGUGACAUGCAGGGCAGGGUCAUUAGUUCUCCCAGGAGAGGUGGAACAGACAGUGACUUACUGUAUACUUUUUGAUAAGCCUGUUCAACCAAAGUUCAGAACCUUGUCAGUUCCAGAGCCAAGGGACAGCAAAACCCAAGAGCUACUAGGGGAUGAUGUUCAACCAUUCUCACUUGAUGAAGAAUUUGAUUAUGAUGUUAUGGCACUGACCCCUAAGUUCUCUGAAGCUGAGCUGAAGGCCAUUAUAGAAUUGUCUGAAGAGAAGAAAACGGGGACAGAUGUCAAGUCAGCAUGA